AUGGAUGAACACGUUAAAGCCCUUUCAUCGAUCGACUCAAAUGUCGAAGAAGAUAAAUUUGACAUCGGCCAUUAUCAAGUUUACAGCUUUAAAGGCACGAAAAUGAAACGUGUACCUCUCGAGCAAUUAGAUUUCUCAAUCUACCACCUAAAUGCAAAUCUCGUAGCCUUUUCUUCGACCGAAGAAAGACUGCCCAUAUGGAUCAAAGCAAUGCAUCUGCGCUACAAACAUGGCUUCCUUAAUGACGGCAAAAUAAUCACCCACUGGGAAGAAGAAAACAACCCGAAUGAUCCCACGAAAUGUGACAAAGUAACAAUCACCCUGAGAUCCCAAGAAAACGAAAAAAAUAUGGUCAGGAUCACUGUUAUGGUCAACAAAGGAAGAAUCCAAAUACAAGGUCGCUUUAUGAAAGAGUGGGGUAGUGAAGAAUUCCCCAUAUUAAUCGAACUGAUCAAUAACCCAUGCAGACCUUAUGAAAAGCAACCCUGCAAAAAAUCUUAACAAAUUUACUACCAAAACACUUUCUCAGAAAACCACCAACCAACAAACCCCAGCGACUUCUCAACAACAUGAUCAUGAUCAUCCUGUUCCUUUGGAUAGCAGCAUAAACCAUUCACCUAAAGAAAGACCCCUGAUUAAUACUGUUAAGACCAAUUUGGCAACCCUUGAGGCAGACUUCAUCGAGUUUAAACAAAAUACGAACAAAACCAUCACAAAACUGAGCACAACCAUAUUCGACAAAGACAUCCAAAUUAAAAAUUUGGAAAAUGAGAUUACCAACCUAAAGACAGGGUACUCAAAAAACCAACAGUUCUCCAGUGACUUAUCUCUAAGACAAUCAGAAAUGGAAGAGGAAUUAAAGAAAAUACAUCAUAAAUAUAAAUCUCUUGAAGAGAAAAACUCAAUGUUAAUAGGUAAACUGGCAGCAUUGAACGAGAGUAUCGAAAGCCGAUUUAAUGAUGAUGUACCAAUAGAAUCAAACUCCCCUGCAUCGGAUACUGAUAUCCCCACUUCAAACAAAUUCCUGUCCCUCUCAGAUGAAUCCAUCGUCGAAGAACCUACACACAAAUCCCCCUCAAAACAGUAA